AUGUCAAAGCUCGCUUGGAGAAUCGGACAUGCCUUCACCCAGGGACGUAGCUCUGCUUUCGCGAGGUCGAAAACCAGCUAUGCUCGCUCAGUGCUGCAUUGACAGCCUUCAAAGACGCCUGUGGCAGUGAUAUAGCCGCCAUGACAAUCGACCCGGCCAGUCUGCCCUCGAGAUUCCAGAGUCAGAUGCAAAACGAGCCUACAACAAUCUCAAAAAUUCUUGAGAACUGCUUCCAAACCUUGAAGCAUCUGGAAGAGAUUGUUGACAAGUACGAAUCCGUUGAUGAACAGCCGGAUCCAUCCAAGCCGAGACUCAAGCGCUGGAGCACUGGCUUCAUUAAGAACUACAAGAAGAUUGCCUGGACUACAGAGGCGGGAGACCUUGGGACACUGCGCAGCCAGUUGAUGAUUCACACAAACAGCUUGCACUUGGUCCUGGGGGUCAUUGUGAGUUCCCGAACAUCCAGAAUUGAGGACAGCCUGAAAGGACAUUCAGAUAUGCUCAGGGAGAUCCAUUCCUGGUGGGCCCAAAACCUCAAGGAUGUCGCCGCUGCUCCUAGAAGCAAACCAAUAGAGACGAACCAACCUGGUAAUAGCGAGAUGUCAACAGUCCUUGAGCCUAACCCUAUUGUAUUCGCUGUCUACAUGCUUAUAGAUGGGGUUGGGCAACUUCUAUGUGACAGGGCUUGUCUCCAUGAAGCUUGGAAGGCGACAGAGUCUACACAGCUGUUUCUUUGCAGGUGCAGAGAAGUGGAAACAUUGAGACGUGCUCCCGAACACCCAAAGGUGGAGAGUAUUGCAUUAUCGCCCCUGUGUUUCCCCUUUCGGCAGGCGGGCGACGAAAUGUCUUGGAUCCUUUUCAAAGCCAUGGACAGGUCUAGCAACCGCCUUGUUUCUGUCAUCAUCAAGGGUGUCGCGGCUGACGCCGUGCUUGAGUUUCAGAAUUCAUUUGUCUGGACACUUGCAAAAGCGAGGGCAGCAGCUAUGCUCCAGGGUGGCAUGAGCAACAUGCUUACUCACCUCUCACUUAUCAGCCAAAGUAUCCGUCUCCUGAGUCUGCAAAGUGAUCUGAAGAAUCUCAACAGACUUAUCGAUCAAGUCACUUUCCGAGUCGGUCACAGAGCCCUGUCUAAGAACAGUGUUGAAGGACUCAGUCUUUUGAACUACCGCGAGCUGUCCCACUACAACAAUUGCUACCUUGAGUCCAGCGUGGAUCACGCCGAAUUUUCCAUCCACUACAACCAAGCAACGGGGCAAACAACGGACCUCACCAAGACAGUAAUACUAACCGCCAAGAAGCUCUACCAACGGCUCGAGGAUAUGCGGAAGGAGCUCCUUGUCCUAGGCCUACAAUCUCCGCGAGCAAAUGAGACUAUUGUGUUGCAUUUACAAUCAACAGAGGUCCAAAGCGAGGUUGUAGUAAUCCCAGACGCAGAGUUGUGGAUCACCCGCAACCCGCAAGACCAACAUCGCCUCAUCGCUGUGAGCCGGAACAGGUGCACAGUGCUAGCCCAGAACCUCGCUCCUGGCUUCUUCAUCCCCGACGAAGCGCGAACCCCGGAUUUCGCGUCUCCCGCGUGGCUAGUUCAGGUCGAAGGGAAAGGUCACCGCCGGGUGACCUACCGUCCCAAGGGCUUCAAGUUCCUGAACUUUGGCGACAAGGACGGGGAGGUGCUUUCAUCCUACAUGCGAGCCAGGGCCUCGAUAGAUGUGGAGAUGGUAGAAUGAAGAGCGAUGCUUGGUGGCAGUCCUGCGUACGAGUCGCACUACCAUUUGGGGCCGCGGCAGGACUAUCAUACCACCUGAAUCAGUUCUUAGAGUCGUAUUCUGACAAUGAUUGGUGCCCAAAGUUGUUCAACCCAGACUGGUCCAGGCCUCCAGUGCCCUAGCCCCUG